GUCACGGACUAGCACGGUUCACUCCGCUCGUCGGAAUUUUAAAUUGUAUAGUCUUAAGUGUAAUUUAGUCAUAAGAAUAAAUUGCAUGGAGUUUGUGUUCGUAUAAAUAUAUUGUUAUUAAGAAUAAAAGUGUUGUUCGGAAAGUAAUCCGGUGGCCGUUUUAAAAGUGCGUUUGGUGUGGUUCCUGCGGAGAAACUCUUGUCCCUUUGGAAGGAUUUGGCACUUGGAGUGACACAAUUGGUUUUGCAUGCUGGAUGCAUGCCCCUUUUCCCAUCCGCCUGAAGCUUCACCCGCUCGAUGUUGGUUUUGGUGAUUGCCUGCGCACCCGCUAUCGAAGACCCUGCCAGUUUAUCGUCCCUUGCUGCCUAGCUCUGCUAGCAGCUCUGGCCACUGCCGAACGCAGUGACGCCAAUGCGGCAGUGGAAAAGAGAAGCGCAGAAGCUGAGCAACCCGCGGCGAAGGAACUGGGCAAGCGAGAAGUAUCCGCAGGCGAAUGGACUUCCGCACCGCAGUACGUGGAGGAAGCGACGGCAGCCAAUGACUUCCAUGCCUAUCAGCCACAGUAUCAAUCGCAAGAGUCCAGCUACCAGCCGCAGAUUCAAAGCCCGGAAGCGCAGGCUCACAGCUAUCAGCCUCAGGUUCACAGUUAUCAACCCGAGUAUCACCAGCAGGAGACCCCGAUCAAGACGGUGACGAUCGAGAAGAAGAUACCGGUACCGUACACGGUCGAGAAACAUGUCCCGUACACGGUUGAGAAGAAGGUUCCGUUCGAGGUGCAGGUGCCGAUCCCAAGUCCUUAUGUGGUCGAAAAGAAGGUUCCCUACACUGUGAAGGAAUACGUCAAAUACAACGAAUAUGUUCCAGAACCGUACACUGUAUACAAAAAGGUUCCAUAUGAAGUAAAGGUCCCAGUUGAUAAGCCUUACAAGGUUGAAGUUCCCGUACCAAAGCCUUACUAUGUGGAGAAGAAGGUUCCAUACGAAGUUAAGGUGCCCUAUCCAGUGCCUUACACUGUUGAAAAGAAGAUCCCAUACGAAGUCAAGUAUGAAGUUUCGGUCCCAAAGCCCUACACAGUGAUCAAGAAAGUGCCCUAUGAAGUGAAGGUUCCCGUCGACAAACCGUACAAGGUCGAAAUUGCCAAGCCAUACGCUGUCGAAUACAAGAAACCAUACCCAGUUUAUGUGGAGAAGAAGGUUCCCUACGAAGUCAAGGUCCCCGUCGAUAAACCGUACAAGGUUGAGGUGCCCAAACCGUACAAGGUCGAAGUGAAAGUCCCGGUGCCAGCCCCGUACACCGUUGAGAAAAAAGUCCCGUACACUGUCGAAAAAGCCGUCCCAUACCAGGUGAAGGUCGAAAUCAACCGACCAGUUCCAGUGUACAAGGAGAUCAAGUUUGCCGUCACUAAGGAGGUACCGGUGCCAGUCAAGGAGAAGGUCUACGUACCAGUUCCAGUCCAGCCGGAACAUCACGAGCAUCAGCAUAAUUACCACGCAGAACCACAGUACCUGCAUCAAUCGUCGGAUCUGCACGUACAGCAUGUGCAACCAGAAGUGCAGCAAGAGCAGGAACAACAGCACUAUCAGCAUGAGCAGGCAGAGCAACAUCAGCCACAGCAGCAGCAGCAGCAGCACUAUCAGCAUGAGCAGUCACAACAACAACAUUAUCAACAUGAGCAACCUCAGCAACAGCAGCAACACCAAUUCCACUAUCAGCAAGAGCAAUCCCAGCACUAUCAACAGGAGCAACAACAGCAGCAUGAUCAGCACUAUUAGGACUAGUCUAUCCCAUAGACCGUAGGAAGCACGCUUGACUGCUCUAACCUAACUAAACGGAGUUGUUCUAGCUUUGUGAUAAAUAAGCUUAUGUUAUAAAGUAGUAUUAAAGUCUUAAAAUCACUCGACCACUCAAACAGCCAUGAUGACGGGACUGAACACUUGAAAAUGCUGAGUCUUGAAGGUCGAUCGAAUUCAUAACUUUCGAUCGAAUCAAUUGCAUAUAAACCACAAUAUUGAAGUUCAGCUUUUUCUAGUCUAAUAAAAAAGCCAAAUUUUUUGUUACGUUUGUAGAAAGAAGCUUUU